GGGACAGCGCUGGAGACGCACCAUGUCUCAAAAGCAGCAGGAUCCGCUGGACCUGGGGCGGCUUGAAUACUUGCAAGCACUGGUCACAGAGUUCCAAGUAACAGAGUCUCUAGAAGCCAAGGAGCAAGUACUGGCUAAUCUAGCCAACUUCGCCUAUGAUCCCAAGAACUACGAAUAUCUCCGACAGCUUCAAGUCCUUGACCUGUUUCUCGAUAUGCUCACAGAGGACAAUGAGACCCUCGUGGAGUUUGCAGUUGGUGGCCUUUGCAACCUUUGUCUGGAUAAGACAAACAAGGACUAUAUCUUGGCGGCAGAUGGGGUGGCACCUGUAAUAAACUGCUUAUCCAGCUCAAAUGAGGAAACAGUGAUGUCAGCAGUCACUACUUUGAUGUACUUGACCAUGCCACAGUCUCGCCAGCAGACCACAGCACUCCCGGUCGUAGAGUGCAUGCUACGUUUCUCCCUCUCAGCUAACAGGAGGCUAAGCAACCUGGCAAAGGUCUUCCUUGAGGAUUACUGCUCUCCUGAGCAGGUGGAGGAGGCCAGGAACCUGAGCAAACAUACCGCUGUAGGGAUCCCUCUCCCGAAGGACUGACGUUGUGCAGAGCAGAGGGAGGAGCUUGACUCUUCAAUUGAAUGAGAAGAGAUAUUCCUGGCUCCAUCUUUAGAGGCCCCCCUCCACCUGCAGGCUAGGUCAAGAAGCUGGUGAAACCAGUUGAAAGGAGAAAGACAUUCCUAAAAUUCUGCCUCCAUUUGAAAGGCCCAGGUAAGGAGCCAGGACAUGGGUCCAGAAGGCAGGAUUGACAGCUAAGCUAUAACAAUACAAAAAUUAUGGGUGAUAAAAAUCAGGCCAAGUGACUCCUGAACCAAAUAAUCAUUUCUGAUGCUGCCCUUCCUAGUGUGAUUGUCAAGUAGCUUAAACCCAACACAAUUCUUUUGCAUCACCUUCACCCUAGCUGCAACUAUUGCUUCCUGUCUUCUCAGGGACUAUAUCUUUGAAAUAAGUUUAAAACAUAUGGUUUUUAUUUCUCGGUAGGAGAAAACACACCACUUUCUCCCUGCAAUUUGCAAUGUGGUCACAUAUCUCAGGACAAAGUAGGAGCCAGCAUCCUCAUACCACAGGCACCUGGUCAGCUAAUUAUGAUACAGGGCUGUUAAAUAUCAGUAGGAAUAAUGUAUUCCACCACAACAUGGUGGAAAAGAUGAAGAUUAAUAUUUAGAAGAUAAUACUAACAUUACAGCUCAGUGGGACAACCCAUGUUGUAGUAGCUUUUGUAAAACUUAA